AUGGAAACGAAACUGUUUAUCGGGAACAAGUUCGUCCCUGCCCGCUCGGGGGAAACGGUGACGAUCAAAAACCCGUACGACCACUCCGUUGUAUCGACAGUGCACUCCGCAGGCGCGUCAGACGUCGACGACGCGGUAUCGGCAGCCUCAGCAGCAUUUAAAACAUGGCGCAGAACUAGCCCAGCCGAACGGUCCCGUCUGAUGAACCGUCUGGCAGACCUUGUCGACGAGAAGGCUACUGCUCUCGCCCGCCUCGAGACCCUGGCCAUGGGCGCACCCGCCGUCAUAGCCAAGCACGGAGCCCACACGCUGGCGCAAUAUCUGCGGUACUACGCUGGCUGGACGGACAAGCUAGCCGGGGAGCUGUUCCCCGACGCCGACGAGGGCGUCUACCGAUUGGUGUCGUACGAGCCUCUGGGCGUCUGCGCCGGCAUCGCCGCCUGGAACGCCACCUUCCUGUUCGUAGCGUGGAAAAUUGCACCUGCCAUCGCGGCCGGGAACACCUUCAUCUUCAAGGCGUCCGAGAAGUCACCGCUGGGCGUGCUGGCGCUGGGGAAGCUGGUGGUGGAGGCCGGGUUCCCGCCGGGGGUUAUCAACUUCGUCAAUGGGACGGGCGAGGCCGGACAGAGGCUGGCUUCUCAUCUGGGCAUCGCCAAGAUCAGCUUCACGGGGUCUACGGAGACUGGACGCCUCGUGCAGAUUGCGGCUGCCAGCAGCAAUCUGAAACGGUGCACUCUGGAACUGGGGGGCAAGUCGGCUGCGAUCGUAUUUGACGAUGCGUACAUUGACGACGCGCUCGGCCAUUUGUCCGACGGCUUCCUGUUCAACACUACCCAGGUGUGCGCUGCUACGACGCGGCUCUUGGUCCAGGACACGAUUGCCGACUCGUUCGUGACGAAGCUGAAGGACCGGUUCGAGGCCGUGCUUGCUCGGGCGGGAGAUCCAGACGCCCCAGGGACUUUCCUCGGCCCCGUCGCGGACGAGGCGCAGUUCAAUCGCAUCAUGGGAUUCCUGGAGCAGGCUGCGAAGCAGGGCAUACAGCUCCUCACGGGCGGCGGUCGGCACGGCGAGCAGGGAUACUUUGUCCAGCCUACCAUUCUCAUUGAUCCGCCGUUGGAUAGCGUCGCGUACCGGGAGGAGAUCUUCGGGCCCGUUUUGUGCGUGCGCAGGUUCCACACAGAGGAGGAGGCGGUUGAUCUGGCGAACGAUACGACGUACGGACUCGCAGCGGCUGUGUACACGGCCGACAUCAGCCGUGCACUUCGCGUCAGCGGCGAGCUUCGGGCCGGAAGCGUGGGCAUCAACCAGGGCGUCGUGCCUGAUAUCCGGGUUCCCUUCGGUGGGCUGAAAGGGAGCGGUUACGGUCGGGAGAGCGGGCGUGCAGGCCUGUUGUCGUAUCUAGAUAGCAAGACGGUCUCGAUCAGGGCGAUAGCACGGUAG